CUAUACUCAUAACAGUCUAUCAAUAAUGACCUUAUUGGAAACUGUGAAGUUUAAUCCAAAGACUUUUAUUGUAUUUGCUUAGUGCUGAGCAAUGCCUAAUCAGGGUAAUACCGAAAGUUAGUUAUUUCAUUUAAGAAAUUGUCUUCUGAUAAGUCUCCAGCAAGUGUGACUAAUCAUUCUUUAAUCUUGGAUACAUAAAGUUAUAUAAAAUUAUGGAAAAUAUAAACAACAAGAAGAAGAACAUUGAAGAGAAAGUCGUUGAUAGUUUGAAAAAACAAGAUUAUUCAUUAAAUGCAACAAAUGCGUACGGUAAUAAUAUAUUGCACACCAGUGCUACGAAUGGAUGCAAUGAAAUUAUUAAAGAAAUUAUAAAGAAGCCAUGUCGUAUCGAUCAGAAAAACAAAUUUGGUUGGACACCAUUGAUGCAAGCCAUUCGUAACAAAAAUGUUGAAACAGUAAAGUUGUUAUUGAAAAAUAAUUCAAAUGUCAAUGAAUCUACAUACCUAGGCAUGUCGGUGCUGGGAUUGGCAGCUGCCAUAAGUGAAGAAAUGUUUGACAUCAUAUACAAAGCUUGUCCAUCUGCAUUACAAAUUGCUGCAAAUGAUGAUAUAAGCCCCUUGUGCAUUGCAGCAAUGAAAAAUGACAAACAUUUUUUUUUUAAACUGUUAAGCCUAGGUCUGGAUCCCAAAAAAGCAAAUGAAUAUACACAUUUGAUGAUGCGACAGUCUACAGUCCCGGAAAUAGCGUCAUUAGCUAUACAAUAUGACUUCAUAGAAAAUUAUUGGAGUGAUCAGUCUGACAAUAUUGAUGUUUUUGAGAAUGAGAAUGAGGCUGAGGACGAGGAAGUUGUUAAUAAGGAAAAUAAUCAAUUUCUCCAAAAAAAUCUGACGAAUUUGUACAGUUCGCAUUAUAAAAAUUAUAUUAAUAACGCAGAGAAAUGUUCUAUUAAGAACGCAGCUUCGCCAAAAAUAUUAAUCUCACACAGUAAUGAUGAAAAAAACGACUGUAACUUUUCCAACACGUUAACUAUACAAAAACCAUCAAAGUCUUGUACACCCCUUAAAUUAAAUUUACUGUCAGUACAAGGGAUUUCAGGAUUCGAUUGUAGGAGUCAAAUAUCACCUAAUUUGACAUAUAACUGUGAUUCUGGAUUUCCGCGAUCUCCUAAAUACAAUUUCUCUGGAAAUGAUAAUUUUUAUUACCAAAGCAAUGUUUCUCCAAAAAUUAUUUAUGCGACUCAUGACUUGAAUGAUCACAUGGAGACUGAUAACAAAUUUCAAAAAAAGGUUUCCUCACCUUUUGCAACAUUUUUGCAAAGGAUUGAAAUUCUUCGUCCUGCGGAUUUAAAAAUCCAAGAUGCUUGUGAUGAUUUUAAUGGUACUCUCACUUUCACGCCUGAAUUCAGUCCAACUCGUUCUCCUAAUGUGCCUGAUGAUAUUAAUGAUCAAGAUACUGUAUUUUCUCAAAAUACUCCUACUCCACCACGUUAUACGACCCCACCACGUGGGAUGCUUUUUAAUCCGGAACAAGCCGAAAUGGUACUUUUAUUAAGACGUUAUGGACUGAGUCAUCAUGUCCCAAUAUUUCUUAAAGAGGAGGUGGAUUUUGAACUUUUUUUGACUCUCAGUGAUAAUGACUUACAGGAAAUUGGAAUUGAACAUAAGGCAGACCGCGAAGCCUUGCUUAAAAUUAUUAACGACUAUUAUAUAACAGAUAAUUAUGAGUAGAACAAUUUAAAUAUUGUGACGUUUUUUAAUAUUUAUUUUUAUGUCAUGAAUAUUGUUGAAUUAUUUGUGUUUAAGAUUGACUAUUAUUUUUUUCAUUAUACUUACUGAAAAAUUAUUUUUUAUACAAUGAUGAUAUAUAAUUAUAAUUUUAAAUUUUUCAAUAUUAGUGAAAUUUUAGAAAAUUGUACAAAAUGUUUAAAUAACUGUCGCUAUAACAUAUUCAGAUUAUUAAAUAUAUGACUAUCUUAUAACUUAA